UCUGAGGAAUGCGCUCCCCCUUGUUAGGAGCUGGGAAUGUCUGAGCUGAGAGCCCUGGUCCCUCCCAACCCAAAGCAUGAUUCAUUUCCCUGUAUCCCCCGGCCCGGGUGUCAUCUUACACUCCUUAUAUAGCCUGGGAGCCGGGGAGAGCUGGCAGGACUGGGAGCCUGUACUUCUUCCGCCUGCUGCCUUGGGUGAGACUGUGGGGGAGCAAGCUGGGGUGCAUGGAUCUCCCCUAGGAGCAGCUAGUGAUAUUUUGUGACAUGGAGGAUUACAAAGUAACUCUGGAUGGACCUGCUCCUUGGGGCUUCAGACUGCAGGGGGGCAAGGAUUUUAACAUGCCCCUUUCCAUCUCCAGGCUGACACCAAGUGGAAAGGCAGAACUUGCCGGAGUGAGUGUAGGGGACUGGCUAUUGCAGAUUGAUGGCGAGAACACAUCAACCAUGACUCAUAUUGAAGCUCAAAACAAGAUCCGUGCCUGCAGCAACAAACUGAGUCUUGUCUUAAGCCGGUUCUCACAUAACCUGGCUAAUCAACCAAAGGGUUUGAUUGCUCCAGAAUCCCAAGGAGUGAAGUACAGUUUUGCACCAAGCAAUGCCCUCAACAAAACUGCCCGGCCGUUUAAUGCCGGUACACCACCUCCAGACAACUCUCGGCCUGGUCAAGUCACCAAGGCAGUGACAUACAUACCCCCUCCAAUGUCCUUUGCUGACAGCCCAACACCCAGAUCCCAACAACAGAACGGACAGGAGAACACAAACAUAGCUUCAGUUUCUGCAAAAGAUACCACAGACUUUCCACCUCCGCCUGUAGCGCCCUCUGGGCCCGCAGCCCGCCCUCCUUGGACUACAGAUCCUUCUUUUGCUGAACGUUAUGCACCUGACAAAACCACUACUGUGAUGACAAAGCACACCCAACCAGCAACCCCCACACCAGUUCAAAACCGUAGUUCCAUCUUGCAGGCAGCACAGCCUGCCUCUACAGGAGAGAAAACUCCCAUCUGUUCCCAGUGCAAUAAGGUCAUUAGAGGGCGAUAUUUGCUGGCCCUGGGGCGCUACUAUCACCCUGAAGAGUUUACUUGCUCGCAGUGCCGCAACGUGCUUGAAGAGGGAGGGUUCUUUGAGGAAAAGGGAUCCAUAUUUUGCCCACGCUGCUAUGAUGUCAGAUUCGCCCCCAACUGUGCCAAGUGCAAGAAGAAGAUUACUGGGGAAAUCAUGCAUGCUUUGAAGAUGACCUGGCAUGUUCAGUGUUUUACCUGCGCCUUCUGCAAGACUCCGAUUCGUAACCGUGCCUUUUACAUGGAGGAGGGGCAGCCCUACUGUGAAAAAGAUUACGAGAAGAUGUUUGGCACUAAGUGCCGCGGCUGCGACUUUAAGAUUGAUGCCGGUGAUCGUUUCUUGGAAGCUCUUGGAUACAGCUGGCAUGACACCUGCUUUGUUUGUGCGAUCUGUCAAGUGAAUCUGGAAGGCAAGACUUUUUACUCCAAGAAAGAUAAACCUCUGUGCAAGACCCAUGCUUUCGCCAAUGUCUGAGGAGCAAAAAGACACUUCCACCUAGGCACACUCACAUCAUCACUCCAAAGAGUAAACAUACACACCCACAAAAACUCACACCCCUUUACACACUGGGGCCGCUUCCAUGAAAUAUGGCACACCUGAGAUCCUGCUCAGCAUUGGUCCGUUACAUUUAGGCAGGGAAUGAGGAAUUGUUGCAGGAGUAGUUCUUCUGAGAUAGGAAUUUUUAAAAGCUGAAGUUUUUGUUUGAUUUGUUUUAGUUUUGUUUAUUUUGUCAUGUCUUUAGUAUUACCUUAUUUGAUUUAGGUUAUUCCCUGGAGCUAAUAAGUCCUGAUGCUUUUUAGUCUACAGUGCUCGGGCUUGCAAUAAUACCAGACACUAGCGUUCCGUAAUCUGUUACAGCUUACGUUUCUAGCCAAGGCGGUUUCCAGAAAAACAUUGCCUGCAUUUGGGGAAUUUCUCCAAAUUACAUCAUGUCUGGUCCACACGAUCAGAUUAAUUUAAAAAAUAAAAAAUGAAUAAUAAAAAAAAAUUCUUUCAAACGAUUUUGUAUAAGAAAAAGUACCGGUAAAAUAAAGAAUAACUA